UUCUAAACUUGUAAUAAAAUAUAAUUGAGUAGUUGAUGGAGGGGGGAGAAUGGUCUCGACGAUGUUUUAAGCAUCACAAUCGAAAGAUUGAUUGGCACUCGUAUAGUAGAGUAUAGUACAGAGUAGAUCGCUAACAUGACUGAUUAUGAACUUGAUGAAUUGAUCAUCGAAGGUAAGACCAAAAUGGUCUAUGGGAUUGUGGAUAAUUUAGAAGCAUGUUUUGUUCAAAGUAAAGAUCGUAUUACGGCGGGAGAUGGUGUAAAGUCUCAUAAAUUAGAAGGCAAAGCUGCUAUUAGUACAGCUACAACAGCUAAAGUUUUUCAAUUACUGAAUCAAGCUGGUAUUGAUACAUCUUUCAUUAAACUUGCUAGUAAUACAGCUUUUAUAGCACGAAAAUGUAAAAUGAUACCUAUUGAAUGGGUUAUAAGAAGAUUAGCUACCGGUAGUUUCUUAAAAAGACAUCCAGGAGUGGAAGAAGGAUACAGAUUUAAUCCACCAUUGCAAGAAACAUUUUAUAAGGAUGAUACCAAUCACGAUCCUCAAUGGUCAAAAGAACAAAUAAUUUCUGCCAAUUUCAAAUUAAAUGGAAUUACGAUUGGCAAAGAUGAGGUUGAUAUUAUGCAUCAUAUUGCAUUGACUGUUUUUGAAAUUCUUGAAAGAGCUUGGGCUACAAGAGAUUGCGCUCUUAUAGAUAUGAAAUUAGAAUUUGGUGUAGAUGAACACGAUCAAAUUGUAGUUUCUGAUGUUAUUGAUAGCGAUUCCUGGAGAUUAUGGCCAUUUGGUGAUAAGCGAUUAAUGAAAGAUAAGCAAGUGUACAGAAAUUUAACUUCUGUGACUCAAGCUGAUUUGGAUACUGUUAAACGCAAUUUCGAAUGGGUGGUAGAUCAAUUGGAUUAUCUCAUUCCAUCUUCGACAUCAUUGAUUGUUAUUUUAAUGGGUUCACUAUCCGACGAAGAACAUUGCGAAAAAAUAGCAAAUUAUGCAAAGAAAUUAGGUUUAAUAGUGGAACUUAGAGUGUGCAGUGCACAUAAGGGUACUCAAGAAACUUUGCGUAUUCUUACUGAAUACGAAGGUACUGGAAAAAAGGUGGUGUUCAUUACUGUAGCAGGGAGAAGUAAUGGAUUGGGUCCAGUAUUGUCUGGAAAUACUGUUUUUCCAGUCAUUAAUUGUCCGCCUUUUAAAUCAGGAAAGAUUACGAAAGACAUAUGGUCAUCUAUAAAUGUACCUUCAGGAAUUGGUUGCACCACUGUUGCAUAUCCAGAGAGUGCAGCACUUGCUGCUGCUCAAAUACAUGCACUUCACGAUCACAUGGUCUGGUCCAAGUUGCGUGUAAAUCAGCUUAAUAAUUUUAUUAAUUUGAAAAAAGCAGACAAGAAAUUGAGAGGUCUUAGAUAUAUUGAAAAAGUUUAAAAAUUCCAUUUUUUCUUUUUUAUUAACGAGAUUAAACGAUCUUUUUGGAUUACUUCUGUAAAAAAAAUAAAAUGUAUAAAUGCAUUUGUAUGAUUUAGGAAAGAAUAAUUCCAUAUAUUUUCAUUUAAUAAUUUUAGUAUACAAUAUUAUAAAGUAUA